AUGGCGAAAAGAAUUGACAAUGAAACAACAGAAAGAGGGAGUUUAAAUGUCAAGAGAAGGGUUUUCAUAAUCCUUAUCGUGUUUGUUAUUGUGGAGUUGGUUGUUCUGUUGGUUCUUGUUGUAAUCUGGCGAUUUCAAAGAGAUGACCAGUUGGCACCUAGACAACAGCGAAUGUGUUACCCACAGGUCAAGUUAAUAGUAGACGACAAUACAGCUUGUCCGGAGGGACUCGUGUCUAAAUUUGAUGAAGCAAAGAAUGAAACAACCUGUUGUGGAAAACUGAAUGAAAUUUUAGAUUUGGUCUCGAAUAAGACUGUAUAUGACAGAUAUAAUAGUAAAAUAAAUCCAGAAAUAAGAACAUAUGAUCCAAAGGCAUAUAACUGUAAAGCCACAGAGCAAAAUAUGGCUGUAUCCCGGUUUGGUUUAAGACAUGAACGGAAACCAGUUCCCAUAGAUUCGACACACAAACUAUUUUGGGAAAAUGACAAAUCAAUGGAAAGCUCUGGAUUAAGGUACUCGGAAGAGGAUGGUCAAGUCAUGUUAGAGGGUCUAGAAGGAACAGAAACUUACCAUAUUUCGUUGCAGCUAAAAUUAAAUAUGAGCCAAGCCACUGGUAUUUUGGAUGGCAAAAUAAGGAAUCGUGUGCAUUUGUUAUCAGAUAACGGGUCAGCAGUUAUUUUGGAAGAUGUGUCGUCACCGUGCAUAAUGACGUCACAUACUGCAUCAGCGAAAACAAGCGUUGUUGGAGCUGUGUUCCGACUCAAAUAUGGUGAUCGGUUAUAUGUGACUACAACCCAUCCUGAAAACAUCGUGUCUGAUCCACACAACAAUUAUUUCAGCAUACAUAAAUUAUAAGUCGCAGUUAUGUUGAAUGUUGUAAAACGAUUAUAAAUCAACUAUCAAAAAUCUAAACAUGUAAAGACUAUUGAUAAAGAUCUAGAUAAAGAUAAAGAUAGAUUCUUACUCUAUAUUGUAACAAAUUCAUUCCACAUCGUUCAGUCAAAUCUUAAAACGAAUGACGUUUUGUUUCAUGGAAAUAUUUUUUGUAUGAACGUCUUUCAAUCAUAUUAGACAUUUAGCAUUUAGUUAGCAUCAUCCUUGAAUGUACAUUUGGGUUAGAAGACUUUCAGUGUCGGGUACGCCUAAGUCAAUAUCGUCGGGAAAGCUAAUCAAAAAUAGCUGUGUCACCAAACGUCUUAAUAAAAGACAUUUCUAACACGCUUGUAUUGGUGAAUCUUAAAAAGAUAAGCAGAAACAUCAAACCCCAAUGUUGCAGACAUUUCGGAAAAUUUAUCAUUCUGCUGUCAUCAUGACGAAAUAGUUAAUAUGUUGUCAUGUGAUUAAAUUAGUGCUCAAUUAGCGCAGUCGAUUGAGAAUUUAAACCAUGUGAUUUUUAUCCAGUAUCUAUUCAAAAUCAAGUUAUUUCUCUAAAAAACUGUUAUAAAGGAAAAGAAUUUUGUUUUAUUUUUCUAUUUUUGAUUAAAAACAAAGAAACACGAUAAUAGAACCCAAAAGUUUACAUGUUGUAAUUCUUAGCGGUCUACGAGAUCUAACCAGGUUUCGAAGUGAUGUGGCGGACAAAAGUUGUUUUUCUGCUUAAUUGCAGAGAAUGAGCAAACGAGCUUGAUUAAAAAUAUUUAUUUUU